AUGUCACACCCACAGACCGUUCACUUCAACCGGCAAGAACCACCGCUACCGGGGGGAUAUCUGAACAGUAACCCGUAUUCUUCUUCUCAGAUUGCUCUCUUCAUAGCGUCUAACUCAGUAGAACCCCCUUACAAUAACGGAGCCUCGUACGCGUCACUCCAGCAUAGCUCGCAACCGGCGCCUGACGUGGGUUUUUCUCAUCCCAACGUGGGGACGUCGCACCCCACGUCCGCCCCACUCUCGUCCUCGUCUUUGCCGUUUCAAAACCAACCGUUCUAUCCGCCGCACCCGCCGUUUCCUCAGAACUCGCAAUUUCCGCUGUCGCCCGCGCAGCCAGCAGGCACGCCGCUUAGAAAUCCCUCCUCGUUACCUCUGCACGCGCCAGCUGCGCACUCCAUGAAUUCUGGCCCUCGAAACACCGCCGCUACAGCCGGUAAUGGAAACCACAUGCCGUCUGCCCACGGCGUGCAAUUCGGUGCUCCAGACGGGCAGGCUGUUUAUAACGGUCAAGUGGGUCCUUCGGCUCCUGCGUCCAGCCGUCUGGCCGUCGGAUUGUCAGGACCACCGACAAACCAUCUGAUUCGGCCGUGGCAGAACCAGGCGAGCGUGAACCAGUCAGGUGCAACAACACCCUUUAUCCAAGCCUCCGCCGCCUUCUGCCGGCCCGCUCCGUCCGCCCCUUCUCCUUCCGCCGGUUCCGCGCCUUCUGCCCCUUCCGCGCCUUCCGCUCCUUCAGCGACUUUCUUUCCUACCAUCCCUUCCGGGUCUUCCGCGCCUUCCGCAGGAUCUCAACUCCACUCCGCUUUCUCGACGGCUAACGCGCUAGGUGGUCCCUCCGUCGUUGCCGCCGCGCCCGCCGUCCACUCCCGCCAUGCAGCCGCGUCACCCGCCGCUCCACCGCAGAGGUCGAACGGCGUGGGGCCCUGCAUGAUUGGGAUACCGUCAGCUCCCGCUUCUGCGUCCGCUGCUGCGUAUGCUCCAAAUCCUCCGCCUGUUCCCGCGCCUUCGUCCUUUGAUCCGGAAUUGCAGACGCGCGUGCAUAGGCUGCUUAUGCAGGAUGCAGGGAGGAACAAUGCGGGUGCUUUCUCACUCGGUUCGCGAAGUGGCAGCAUGCCUGCUACAGCUGCUACAGCUGCUCUCGUCGCCGCCAUGUCGUCGGGUCCAGCUGCUGCCUCACUCUCCGCUCCCCCUGCUUCCGCCCUCCGCCCGCCUUCCGUCCGCGCGCCCCAACCACCUGCCUGGGCGCCUUCCGCCAACCCGACUGCCGAGGUGGCAGUCAUACCCGCGACGGCGAGUGCAGCGGGCGCACUGGGCGCGCACAUAACCCUGUGCGACGCAGACGCGACACUCUUCCCCGACUCUCGCCUCCCCAAUCUCUCCGCCGCUUCCACUGCGCCUGCCGUCACCUCAUCUCUCACCUUUUCCCCUCCCGCACCCACUUCCCCACCUGCACCCACUCCCCCCGCACCCACUCUCCCCGCAUCCGCUCCUUUCCCAAGCCCCACCCCUAACGGAGCCUUCGCAUCGGUUCCGGCUCACUCGCCUCCCGCCGUUCCAACCCCCUCCGCUCCUACCUCCUCCGCUCCUAUCCCCUCUGCUCCUUCUCCUUUCGCUCCCACUCCCCCCGCUCCUACUCCCCCCGCUCCUACUCUCCCUGCUCCUACUCCCCCCGCUCCUGCUCCCCCCGCUCCUACUCCCCCUGCUCCUGCUCCCCUCGCUCCUACUCCCCCCGCUCCUACUUUCCCAACCGGCGAGUCCCCUCCAGUAGGUCUCCCUUCCGCCGCACCUCCACUCCUCCCCGUUCCUCCCGCCCCGCCUGUCCCACGUGGCACCGCGCGCGCUGCCAACGCCUCCGCCAACGCGCGCUCCUCUGGGGCAAACGCGCGCCCUCCCGCCUCCUCCCGCCGCCCUCCCGCCCCUGGCGGGCGCAAGCGCGCUCAGCCGCCUUCCAGUGACGCGGCAGCGUUGUUAGCCAAUCAGAGAGCAGCAAGUUCACAGUCCCGUGGCGCUAUGUUGGCGCUGGCGGCGGCAGCAGGAGGGGACGCUGAAGCGGACAUGGGGGAAGUGUACUUUCUCAUUCUGCACUUUUUGACGGGCAGCCCGUGCCGUCGGGCAGCAGAAGUUUUGAAAGAGGAGCUGGAGGAGUUGAAUCUGCUUCCGCAGCGGUACCAUGCGGUGUACUCGCAUGGGGGAAGGCGGGCAGGCGCAAGCAGCGCGAGUGAAGGGCGGGAUUGUGGCAGGGGCAGCGAGGGUGGUGGCGAGGGGAGUGCACGUGGGGAGGCGGGGGUGGUGGGGGCACAGGGGAAGGCUGGGGAGGGUGGGGGGAGGGGAGGAGGCGUGGAGGGGGAGAGGGAGAUGACAGUUCCCCUGAGCUACGAGGAGCUGAGGGAGAGGUACGCGCACAUUGGCCCCAACCACCUCUUCCUGCUGUUGCAGGAGCUGCUGCAGACCACCCAUCUUGCCGUAUCCUCCGCCUCCCUCCUCCCCUCCGCGCCUCUCUCCUCCUCCGCGCCCCACCCGCCGCCGUCAGCAGCGCCAGCCCUCCCUCCGGCCCCGCUUGCUGCAGCAGCUGUUGCACCCACCGUCGCUGCCCUUCCCUCUGCUUCCGUUCUUGCUGUUGCCACUGGCCCCCUCUCUAUCUCCGUUUCUCCCACUGCACUAGAGGAGGUUUUGCCAGGUGCCGCAGCCCCAGCCACCGCUGCAGCUGUGGGUGUGAGCGCCGGCGGUGGCUUGGAGGCAGGGCAGCAAGUAGGGGGCGCAGAGGCAGCAGCAGAGGGAUCAGUGGGUGCGGCUGUGGCUCAGACGCUGGGAAGCGGGACAGAGGCUGCUGCAGCACCCGAGCAAUUGGCAGUUUCAGGGCAACUGGAAGCAGCAGGGACCAUUAUAACGAGCGCGGCAGCAGCAGCAGCAGCAGCAGGCGCUGAAGCAGCAGGAGCAGCAGCAGCAGGGGCGGCAGGCAGCAGAGCACUCGUGCUGGCGUCACCGGCAACGGUGGUGGGAGCAGCGGCAGGGACAGAGAGGGGCGAGAAGGGUGCAGGCGAGGAGGGUGUGUUGGUGGGCACGGGGGCGGGCGUGGCAGCAGCGCGUGACAGGUGGUGGGUGUGUGCGGGUGACGUGCCAACGCUGCUGGGCCAUGGCGGGAUAAGCCUGAGGCGAGGUAGGCGCGGAUUGUGGCUCCAGGGGCAGAGGGCGCUUGCUCAUGGCCUGCUUGACCAUUCUACGCUUCCCUUCCUCCCUCCCUCCUUCCCUCCCGCUCUGCUGCCGUUCCUCACCGUCUUCCCCUCUCCUUGCUCAACCCCGGUUCCCUUCACCCCUCUCCACCCCACCCUGCGCGCUCUAUCUUUCACAUCCCGCCCCUAUUCGCCUCCCAACAACAGCGGAGUGGCUGCCAGCGCUGCUCUCUGCUCCGCGCACCUUUCUUCCCCACACAGCCCAUCCGCACCUCUCUGCACCGCUCCUGCGCUCCCUCACGCUCAGAGAGACGGGCGGAGGGGUGUGCUCGCGGGCUGCCAGGGCUGUCAGUGCACGAGCUGCGUCGCAGGCGGUGGCGUCCCCCGCGCUGCUGCUGAGCCGCAUGGAGCAGGUCAAGGUGCUGCGCGGCCACCGCAACGCCGUCUACUGCGGUGCGUUGCCCCCAUCCCCCGUUUCUCGCACUCACUGGCCCCGUGCCUGCGCUCACCGCACCCCCUCCCAACCUGCACUCACUGCCGCUCGCCACCUGCCUGCUCGCUGUGCUGCUGGCACCUGUUGCUUUCAACCCACUGCGUUCAGCAGCUGAUUUCUGUAACACAUUCACGCACGCAUGCAUACCCACCCAUUCCACUCAACGCCCACGUCCUGCUCCCCGCACCCCCUCACUGUCUUCCCCCCCUGGCAGCGGUGUACGACCACGGGGGGCGGUACCUGAUAACGGGGUCGGACGACCGCCUGGUGAAGAUCUGGAGCAUGCACCAUGGCAUCUGCCUCGCCACCUGCCGCGCGCACACCGUAAGCCUCCCUCCUCCAUGCCACACUGCGAGUCCUUCCCCCCUCUCUCCACUCCACAUGGCAACUCCUUCCUUCCACUUGCCAUUUCCUGGUUUGGUUACUGUCUCAUUCUGCCCGUGUGCGCUGCUCAUGCUUGCCUGGAUUGCCAUGGCCUACCUAUGCGGCUGUGUGUGUGCGCGUGCAUGCAUGUACGUACAUGCAGGGGGACAUAACGGAUCUGGCAGUGAGCAGGGGCGACAAGUGGGUGGCAUCAGCAUCCAACGACUGCCUCAUCCGCGUUGUCAGUGCCGCCCGCCCCUCGUCCUCAUCCCCUUUCCGACUCCUCGUUCUCUGACCUCAUCCCUGUCGCUACCAUUUCCCCAACAUUUCCUACCGCGUUCUCCAUCCCUCCCCCCUUGCCUCAUCGUUCUCCCACCCACUCUCCGCACCCCGCCUCCAUGCAUGUGGCAGUGGGAGCUACCAAGUGGGCAUUUAGAGGUGACGCUGGUGGGCCAUGCAGACGCCGUCACCGCUGUUGCAUUCAGCCCCACCACACACCACCACCUCCUCUCGUACGCCUCCCCUCACGACUUCCUGCCACCAUGCCUGUCGUGCCCCCAUGCGCUGCCUGGCCUCUCCACCUCCCCCCGCACCUCUCACCUCCUCAUGACGGCUCAUGCCGCCUGUGGGACGUCACAGCAGCAGCGGACAGCACCUGUCUGCGCCUCUUCCUGCCUGCCUCCCAUGGUACUUCCACCAUCUGCUCCCACCCUCUGCUCUUGCCCUCUGCUCCCGCCCUCUGCUCUUGCUCUCUGCUCCCGCCCUCUGCUCUUGCUCUCUGCUCCCGCCCUCUGCUCUCACCCUCUGCUCUCACUGCUUGAUGUUUCCACCUCUCAAGUCCACAGCCAGUCCCCACCCCACUACCUCAUGCCACGCCACCCCAUGUCAUCUCACGCCCUCUUGCUCCUCUGCACUCGCUUCCAUAACUCAACCCUCUCUCCCCUCCCCUACCCUACCCUCUCCUCCCCUACCCUCCCCUCCCCUCCCUCCCCUCCCCUCCCCUCCUCUCUCUACCCUUGCCAUGCAGCCACCAAGAUUCCUUUCCCUCCGGGAACGUUUCUGAACCGCAUGCAGCAGGGGGGCGCGGAGAUGACCAACGAGGAGCGGGCCAAGAUGCUGCCCCCCAAAGUGCUGUGCGCUGCCUUCAACGCCGAGGGCUCUCUCUUUGUCACGGGCAGCGAGGAUGGGCGCACGCGGGUGAGUGGGGAUGGGCGCACGCGGGUGAGUGAGGAUGGGCGCACGAGGCACGAGGUGCAGGAGCUGCUGGGGCACCAGGGGUCAGUCAACUUCGUGCAGUUCAGUGGGUGUGCGGGGGUGCAGCAGGAGGUGACGUCUGGUGGGGACGAGGAGGGGAGGGGUGUGGGGGAGAAGGGGAAGGGAAGUGCGGAGGGGGGGAAGAGGAAGGAGAAGGACAAGGAGAGGCGACUCACCUCCCUCAACACGGCCAACCGGCCCGGGGUGGAGGCGAUAGUGUCGUGUGUGCGGGACGGCUCUGCCAUCAUCUGCCCCGUCCCUUCCAUUCCUUGUUCCUUUAUCACCCCUCAUCACCUCUCAUUGCCCCUCUCUCAUCCACUUCCCCCGUACUUCCGCCCCCUGUGUCCCCAUCCGCCAGGGAAAGCACCUGCAUUGGAACAAGGCGCAGCAGCUCACCGCUCCUCCGCGCCCCCUGCCUGUGCAGCAGGAGCAGCGGGGGCGGCGGCGAAUAUGAUCAUCUGGUCGCUGGACUGCCAGCUCGUGCUCGCUGCCCUCACAGUCUCGCCCUCUUCCUCUGCUCGUAUCUCUGCCCGUGCGUCUGUGCGUCUCUCCCCCCCCCCCCCACUGGUGGCAGAUGCGCGCAUCUGUGUGUGGCAGGCGGCCACAGGCGAGCUCAUACACUGCCUCACAGCACACCAGGAGCAGGCGUUUGUGCUGGACGUGCAUCCCACGGACCCGCGCAUUGCCAUGAGCGCGGGGUACGAUGGCCGAGUUAUCGUGUGGGACAUCUGGAAGGGACAGCCAAUCGCCAUCCGCCACGUCACCAAUUUCCAACUCGUCGACGGCCAUUUCUCUCCGGACGGCACGGGGCUGGUGGUGGCGGACGAGGUGGGGCAGGUGUAUGUGUUUGCCACGGGGGGCAAGGACCAAUGGGCGCACAUCCACAUGGAUCAGGUGGGCGCAUUCACAUGGACCAGUUCUUCCUGGGCGACUAUCGUCGAUUCGCCCUCGACUCAUUCCACAACGCCCUCGAUGAGGUGCAUUCUCAUGCCCGCCUGCACUCAUGCCCGCCUGCACUCAUGCCCGCCUGCACUCAUGCCCGCCUGCACUCAUGCCCGCCUGCACUCAUGCCCGCCUGCACUCAUGCCCUCCUGCACUCAUGCCCGCCUGCACUCAUGCCCUCCUGCACUCAUGCCCUCCUGCACUCAUGCCCUCCUGCACUCAUGCCCUCCUGCACUCAUGCCCUCCUGCACUCAUGCCCGCCUGCACUCGUGCCCUCCUGCACUCAUGCCCUCCUGCACUCAUGCCCGCCUGCACUCAUGCCCUCCUGCACUCAUGCCCUCCUGCACUCAUGCCCUCCUGCACUCAUGCCCGCCUGCACUCAUGCCCUCCUGCACUCAUGCCCUCCUGCACUCAUGCCCGCCUGCACUCAUGCCCUCCUGCACUCAUGCCCGCCUGCACUCAUGCCCGCCUGCACUCAUGCCCGCCUGCACUCAUGCCCGCCUGCACUCAUGCCCGCCUGCACUCAUGCCCGCCUGCACUCAUGCCCGCCUGCACUCAUGCCCUCCUGCACUCAUGCCCGCCUGCACUCAUGCCCUCCUGCACUCAUGCCCGCCUGCACUCAUGCACUCCCCUGUACUUCCGAUUGCCUGCACUUUUGCUUUCGCCUGCACUCCUGCUUCCCUCCCACUCUCCCCUGCACUCCCGCUCUUGCUCGUGUUGCUUCUCCCAAUUCCAUUCCCUCUCAUGCCUCCAUCUCAUCCGCGCACCCAAUGGCCCCUCAUGCCCCACCCCCCACACCAGGAGACGAACAUUCUAACGGAGGAGCGCACGUGGAUGGACCCCAUAUGCGAUGCGGGCAUGCAGCCGUACCCCGACCCCUACCAGUCGCGCUUCCAUGCGCUGCGCUUCGCCCUGCUCGCGCGCCCCUACCACCCGCCCUCCUUCCCGCUCCGGGUGGGGCGCAUCGAGGCAGACGACCUCGCCUUCCAGCCCGUCCCCAACGAGGCCUUGGGCGCCCCCGGCUCCGCGCCCCUGCCCCUCCUGCCCCUGCCUGCUGCUGCUGGCGGUGGCGGGCGCGGGGGAGGUGGGCGGAGGGAGGGCGUGAGGAGGGAGGAAGGCGGAAGGGGGAGGAGGGAAGAGGAUGGGGAGGUGCAGGUGGUGAGUGGGGGCGAGGAGGGGGAGGAGGGGAGGGUGGGCAGGGGAGAAGGGGGUGGUGCAGGGGGGGUUGAUGGAGGGAGGGAGAGAGGAGAGGUGAGGCGACGGGAAGGCCAGCGAUGGGAGCUGAGGGAGAGGCUGCCUGUGAGGCGGUAUGAGGGGUUUGAAGUGACCAUGGCGGGGGAAGAGGAGAGGGGCGAGGAGGAGAGGGGGGAGGACGACUCAGAGUAUGAAGUGAGCGGAGGGGAGGAGGAGAGGCGCGGAGGGAGUGAGGAGGAGCAGGAGGGGGAGACGGAGGAGGAGGAGGAGGAGGAGGAGGGUGGGCAGGGCGAGGGGGAGGAGGAGGAUGGGCAGGGCACAAGACGGUCACGGCGGCUUCUGGGGAAGAGGAGGCGGCGGUGGGGAAGGGCAGGGGAGGGCGAGGGGGAUGAGGAGGACGAGGAGGGGGUUGAGGAGGUGCGGGAGCAGCGGGGGAGGCGGAUGGUUACAAGGAGUGGGCGCGACAAGGGGAGUGGAAUGGGGAAGGGGAAGCGGGGGGGACAAGGGCGGGGGAUGAAGAAGGGGAGAGGGGGGAGGGGCAGGGCAUGCAAGGUGGCAAGGGGUGGUGGAGGCGGGGUAGGCAGGGGGAGAGGGCGGGUGAGGCGUGCAGGGAAGGAGGUGGAGGGGGAGGAGGAGUGGGAUGUAGAACCUUGGGAGGAGGAGAGUGGUGCGCGGAAGAGAAGGUUUGCUGCGGGCGAGGAAGAAGAGGAGGAGGAUGAGGAGGAGGAGGGAGAAGGGGAAGGGGAAGACGAGUGGGAAGAGGAUGAGGAAGAGGAGGAGGAUGAGGAGGAAGAAGAGGAGGAAGGUGAGGAGGAAGGUGAGGAGGAAGGGGAGGAAGAGGAGGAGUAUGAGGAGGAGGAGGACGUGGAACAGUACAAGCGGGUGGGGCACGCCUCUAGAAGCCUGGCCACCGCUCCUUACACCCACCAGUGGGCUCAUGGCUCGCAGGCGAGGGGAGGGCAGGGGGUGGGGGAAGGCAGUGGGCAUGGAAGGGGGCAGCAGGGCGCGUUGGCAGUGAGGGGCGGGCAGAGUGCUAUCACUGCUACGGGCCCGCUCAAACUCAAAAUCAACCUCAGAAAACCCUCUGCUGCCGAUGCUGCUGCCGACGCUGCUGGUGGUGCUGAUGCUGCUGCUGGUGCCGAUGCUGCUGCUGGUGCUGGUGGUGCUGGCGCGUCUGCUGCGUGUGGUGGGGGGGGCGGCAGCGGGGGCGGCAGUGCGGGCAGCUCCUGUGCAGCGCCGCGCGGAGUGACCAAGUCGCAGCUCAAGCAGCGCAUGGUGGCUCAACGCACCCAGGCCGCACAGGCCCUGCUGCAGCACACUCACGCCACGGCUCAUGAGGGAGAGGAGGCGAAGGAGGAGGAGGAGGACGACGAGGAGGAUGUUGUGGAGGCGGAGGAGGAUGAGGGGGAUGAGGAGGAUGAGGAGGAUGAGGAGGGGGUGGAGGGGGUAGAGGAGGUGGAGGAGGAGGAGGAGGAGGAGGAAGUGAUGGAGGAGAUCGGAUCAGAGGAGGAGGAAGAGGAAAAUGUGGUGGCAGAGGUGGGUGAGGAGAGCACGCGAGGGAGGAGAACAAGGAGCAACAGUCGGCAUGCUGCUGUGAGCCAGGCCGCUCAGUUGAGACCCGCUCAGAUAAGACCCGCCCAGUCAAGACCCGCACAGAUCAGACCUGCCCAAAUAAGACCUGCCCAGCUGAGGCCUGCUGGGAUGGGCGUGGGUGCAGCAAGGGGUGGUGAUGCUGUUGAGCGUUCAGUCCAGGCAGGUGGUGCUGAGGAGAUUUGGGAGGACGAGGAGGAGGAAGAGGAGGAGGAGGAAGAGGAGGAGGAAGAGGAGGAGGAGGAGGAAAACGAAGAGGAAGAAGAGGAAGAGGAGGAAGAGGAAGAAGAGGAGGAAGAAGAGGAGGAAGAUGAGGAAGAGGAAGAAGAGGAAGAAGAGGAGGAGGAGGAAGAAGAUCGGGGGAAUUGGAAAGUAGAACCCAACUGGGGAAAGAGGAAGACGCGCAAGCGCACAGCAGGGGCGGGGGCACUCCCUGCAGGGAGGGGGGAGGUGCGGGGAGGAGGAGGGGGGGCGAGACAGUCAGUGCGGGUGGUGGCAGGCAGGGGCAGGGGAAGGGGCAGGGGCAGGGGAAGAGGUAGAGGCAGGGGGAGGGGAGCAGGGAGUGCAUCUGGAAGGGGGGGGCAAGGGAGGGGCGCGGGCGGCAGAGGAAGAGGCAGCAAGGCGCGAGUUGCAGGAUCAGGUGGGGAAGGGGGCGGGGCGCGGGUGGGGGCGGGGAGGGCUUGGGGAGGUGUGGGGGAGAGGGGGAGGCGAGCUUUGGGUGAGGCGAGCGGGGAGGGGCUGGCAGGGGAUGGGGAGGUGAGUGAGGAAGAAGAUGCAGAGGCAAUGGGCGGGGAUGAGAGUGAGGGAGAGGGGCAUGCAAGUGGGGAAAAGGGAAGAGGGGAGAGGGGCGAGGGGGUUGACGUGGUGAAGGGAGGACACGUAUUGAGGGCAAGGACACCACGGGGGAAGGGGUGGUGGGGAGAGAAGGGAGGGGCGAGGAAACGAAAUGAGGGACAUGAGAAUGAGGAGGGGCAAGAGUGUGAGGAGGGGCAAGAGAGUGAGGAGGGGCAAGAGUGUGAGGAGGGGCAAGAGAGUGAGGAGGGGCAAGAGAGUGAGGAGGGGCAAGAGAGUGAGGAGGGGCAAGAGAGUGAGGAGGGGCAAGCAAGUGAGGAGGAGCAAGAGCGAGCAGGGGUUGAGCGAGGGCGCAUUUCGAAUUCGGUCAUGCAGAGUGCGUCGCUGGGUACUGACGAACGUGCAGCCGUGCGUGGGGUGGGCGCUGUGUGGGCUGUGCAGAUGACGACGACGCCUGGCGCCCCUCCAAGCGCACCCGCUGCUGACGCCACUCCGCCUGACACUGCUCCUGACACUGCCGCUGCUGACAAUCUAACUGGCGCUGGUGCCUUUGGAGGUGCUGGUGCGGCAGCAGCAGCAGCAGCAGCAGCAGCAGCAGCAGCAGCAGUGCGUGGGGGCCUGCCAGUGGUGGUACCGGCUGGCACGAGGAGGAAGAGGAACGCGCGUGGGACAGCAGUGCAGCGCACAGGGCGCACUGACAGACUGGGAGGAGGGGGCGUGCCGGAGGUUGAGGGCAGCGGUGGGACGGGUGUGUGUGCUCUGGCGCUGCUUCUUCCCCGCACAGCAGUGCCGGCUGCUGCUGCGUGUGAGGGUGGUGGUGCAGACAUGGUCGGUCCUGGGAGCGGGGCCAGUGCGGGCGAACACGCUGCGGGACUGCAGGAUGGUGGAGGGGCGGAUGAAGGGGUAGAUGGAGGGGUAGGUGAAGGGAUAGGUGACGGAGCAGGUAGUCAUGUUGAGUGCAAGACAGAGGUUGGAGAGGAGAAGGGAGCGAGUGGCGAGGAGGAAGGGAAGGGAGAAGAUGUGAGGAAGGGGGACGGGGGUGAGAGCACAGUGGAGGGCGUGAGAGAUGCAGGUGCAGUUGUGGUGGCGGGUGAAGGGAACAGGAUGGUCGCGGAGGGAGGUGGUUUGGAGGGCGAGGGGAGUGGGGGCAAGGAUGCGAUGGAUGGGAUGAAGCAGGAGAGGCACGAGGACGGUGAGACUCAGCAGGGGAUGCCAAAUGCCACUGCUUGUGCUGCUGCUGCUGAUGCUGCUGCGGUUGAGGAGGAUGGCUUGUGGGCGGGAGGUGGUGCCUUGGAGGGCCACGCACAAGUGGAGGGUGCAGGGGAGUGGGCGCAGCAGGGCGUGCUGGGGGCGGAUAGCAGAGGGGGCAGUGAGGGCGCAGGGGGUGGGGCGGAGUGGGGGGAAGAGGAGGGGGAGAUGAGUGCGCGCAAGGAGGAGCUGUUUGCGGAGCUGUUUGGGGAGGAGGGCGCGGAGGAGGGCGCAGGGCUGCCUGGAGACAACCUGCUCAGCCCGACUGGUGAUAGGGCGGGCGGCACCGAGGAGGGUGGCAGGGAGGAGGGCGGCACGGAGGAGGGCGGCACGGAGGAGGGCGGCACGGAGGAGGGCGGCACGCAGGAGGGCGGCACGCAGGAGGGCGGCAGGGAGGUGGGCGGUAGGGAGGAGGGAGACGGAAGCAAUACCAGCGAUAGGAGUGGGAGUAAGCAAGGGGACGCGAAUGGGGAGACAGGGCGUGAGGGGGACAGCGGUGGCGGGCAAGCAGCGAGCGAUGGUGGCAUGAAGGCGGAAUGCAGCGCAGGUGGCAGCAAUGAGGGGCAGCAUGCAUGCGCGGUUGGUGCGACUUCUGAUGCCCUCCCUGCUGUCAGGGCUGGCAGCGCAGCCGAAGCUAGGGAGCAGGCUUGGGGGGAGGGUGGGAGGAGUGCAGAGGGGGGUGCAGAGGAGCAGAGGUGCGCGGUGGAGGAAGAGGAGGGCCGGGAGAACAGGGAGGGGAGUGCGGGGGGCGAGCAGAGGGAGAGGGGCGUGAGUGGUGGCAGCAAUGGUGGUGGUGGGCACCGUGAAGGGGAGGGGAGAGGGGGUGGCGCAGAUGAUGGGGAGGAGGCUUGUGUGGGGAGAGGCGAGGAACAGGAGGAAGCAGAGCAGGGGGACGAGAGGGGGAAGGGGCAGGAGAGGGAUGGUCUAGGCGAGGAUGGUGGGGCGAGUGGGGAGUGUGAGAGGGUGGGGGAUGGUGCGGAGACGGGGGCAGAAGGUGAUGAGCGAGAUGCUAGUGGUGAUUCGGACAAGGGGUGUGGGGUGAAGGAGGAGGGGCAAGAUGCGCUUAGAAUAGAGCAAGUGGGGCGGAUGGGCGGGAAGAGAAACGAGGAGGAGGAGGAGGAGGAGGAGGAGGAGGAGGAGGAGGAGAAGGAGGAGGAUGAGAAGGAGGAGGAGGAGGAGGAGGAGGAGGAGGAGGAGGAGGAGGAGGAGGAGGAGGAGGAGGAGGAGGAGGAGGAGGAGGAGGAGGAGGAGGAGGAGGAGGAGGAGGAGGAGGAGGAGGAGGAGAAGGAGGAGGAUGAGAAGGAGGAGGAGGAGGAGGAGAAGGAUGAGAAGGAGGAGGAGGAGGAGGAGGAGGAGGAGGAGGAGGAGGAGGAGGAGGAGGAGGAGGAGGAGGAGGAGGAGGAGGAGGAGGAGAAGGAGGAGGAGGAGAAGGAGGAGGAUGAGAAGGAGGAGGAGGAGGAGGAGAAGGAGGAGGAUGAGAAGGAGGAGGAGGAGGAGGAGGAGGAGGAGGAGGAGGAGGAGGAGGAGGAGGAGGAGGAGGAGGAGGAGGAGGAGGAGGAGGAGGAGGAGGAGGAGGAGGAGAAGGAGGAGGAUGAGAAGGAGGAGGAGGAGGAGGAGGAGGAGGAGGAGGAGGAGGAGGAGGAGGAGGAGGAGGAGGAGGAGGAGGAGGAGGAGGAGGAGGAGGAGGAGGAGGAGGAGGAGGAGGAGAAGGAGGAGGAUGAGAAGGAGGAGGAGGAGGAGGAGAAGGAGGAGGAUGAGAAGGAGGAGGAGGAGGAGGAGGAGGAGGAGGAGGAGGAGGAGGAGGAGGAGGAGGAGGAGGAGGAGGAGGAGGAGGAGGAGGAGGAGGAGGAGGAGGAGGAGGAGGAGAAGGAGGAGGAGGAGGAGGAGGAGGAGGAGGAGGAGGAGGAGGAGGAGGAGGAUGAGAAGGAGGAGGAUGAGGAGGAGGAUGAGAAGGAGGAGGAUGAGAAGGAGGAGGAGGAGGAGGAGGAGGAGGAGGAGGAGGAGGAGGAGGAGGAGGAGGAGGAGGAGGAGGAGGAGGAGGAGGAGGAGGAGAAGGAGGAGGAUGAGAAGGAGGAGGAGGAGGAGGAGAAGGAGGAGGAUGAGAAGGAGGAGGAGGAGGAGGAGGAGGAGGAGGAGAAGGAGGAGAAUGAGAAGGAGGAGGAGGAGGAGGAGAAGGAGGAGGAUGAGAAGGAGGAGGAGGAGGAGGAGGAGGAGGAGGAGGAGGAGGAGGAGGAGGAGGAGGAGGAGGAGGAGGAGGAGGAGGAGGAGGAGGAGGAGGAGGAGGAGGAGGAGGAGGAGAAGGAGGAGGAUGAGAAGGAGGAGGAGGAGGAGGAGGAGGAGGAGGAGGAGGAGGAGGAGGAGGAGGAGGAGGAGGAGGAGGAGGAGGAGGAGGAGGAGGAGGAGGAGGAGGAGGAGGAGAAGGAGGAGGAUGAGAAGGAGGAGGAGGAGGAGGAGAAGGAGGAGGAUGAGAAGGAGGAGGAGGAGGAGGAGGAGGAGGAGGAGGAGGAGGAGGAGGAGGAGGAGGAGGAGGAGGAGGAGGAGGAGGAGGAGGAGGAGGAGGAGGAGGAGGAGGAGGAGGAGGAGGAGAAGGAGGAGGAUGAGAAGGAGGAGGAGGAGGAGGAGGAGGAGGAGGAGGAGGAUGAGAAGGAGGAGGAGGAGGAGGAGGAGGAGGAGGAGGAGGAGGAGGAGGAGGAGGAGGAGGAGGAGGAGGAGGAGGAGGAGGAGGAGGAGGAGGAGGAGGAGGAGGAGGAGGAGGAGGAGGAGGAGAAGGAGGAGGAUGAGAAGGAGGAGGAGGAGGAGGAGGAGGAGGAGGAGGAGGAGGAGGAGGAGGAGGAGGAGGAGGAGGAGGAGGAGGAGGAGGAGGAGGAGGAGGAUGAGGAGGAGGAGAAGGAGGAGGAUGAGAAGGAGGAGGAGGAGGAGGAGAACGAGGAGGAUGAGAAGGAGGAGGAGGAGGAGGAGGAGGAGGAGGAGGAGGAGGAGGAGGAGGAGGAGGAGGAGGAGGAGGAGGAGGAGGAGGAGGAGGAGGAGGAGGAGGAGGAGGAGGAGGAGGAGGAGGAGGAGGAGGAGGAGAAGGAGGAUGAGCAGGAGGAGGAUGAGCAGGAGGAGGAGGAGGAGGAGGAGUAG